AUGAAGAAAGAUAGAGAACCAAUAGAUGAAGAUGAAAUGAGAAUAACAUCAACUGGGAGAAUGACCAACUAUGUUAAUUAUGCUGCUAAACUUCUUGGGGAAGAAGAAAAAAAAAGUAUAAAAAUAAAAGCCACUGGAAAUGCAAUUGCAAAAGCAGUAACUUUAACAGAAAUCGUUAAAAGAAGAUUUAAAGGAUUACAUCAAAUUACAAAAUGUGGAAGCACUAUUAUAACAGAUCAGUAUGUUAGUGGACAAGAUAAUAACGAACAUGUUGUUCAAGAAAAGACUGUUUCUUUUAUUGAAAUUUUAUUAUCAAGAGAUCAAUUAGAUACUAAAGAUGCAGGUUAUCAACCACCCUUAGACGAGAAAUAUGUUAAAGAAAUGACACCUGAAGAAAUUGUUAAUUCUAGAGGAUUUAGAGGUAGAGGAUUUAGACCAAGAUAUUACAGAGGCUUUAGAGGAGGAAGAGGUAGUGGAUUUUUAAGAAGAGGUGGAUAUAGAGGAUUUUCAGAAAGAAUGUAUGAAGGAAGAAAUAGUUUUAGAGGUGGUAGAGGUGGAGGAUAUGGAGGUAGUUUUGGUAGAGGUGGAUACAGAUCUGGUGGUGGUGGAAUGGGAGGUGGAAGAGGUGGAUACAGAGGUGGAUAUAGAGGAGGAAGAGAAGGUGGCUACAGAGGGGGAAACAGAGGAGGAGGAUACAGAAGCGGCAGAGGUGGAUAUAGAGGAGGAAGAGCUCUUUCAUAA